AUGUUUGACGAUAUCCCUAUGGGUCCUGCGGAUCCGUUCUUCCAUCUGAAGAAAAAGGCAGAUGAAGAUAAACACCCAGAUAAGGUCGACAUAGGGGUGGGCAUAUACCGGAGCGAGGAAGGGACGUACCAGGAGUUGGCUGUUGUGAAGAAGGCAAAGAAAAUAUUGGACCAGCUUGACUUGGGGCACGACUAUGGACUCACUACUGGAGAUGAUCGAUUUCUCAAACUCGCCGCCGAAGUCAUGUUUGGCAAAGAAAAUGAAGCAUUGGUAUCAGGGCGGAUCGCAUCCGUCCAGACUCUCUCAGGCACAGGAGCCAACCAUAUUGCCGCUAUUCUGCUCGCCAGACUAAUAGAUCCAAAGCCGGCCAUCUACCUCGGAACACCUACCUGGAAUAACAUGAAGCCGCUCUGUGAUCAUGCCGGCUUAGUGACCAUCGAAUAUCCAUACAUAGAUCCCCAGACAUCCGAACUCUCCUUCCAGCCCUGCAUCGAUGCGAUCAGAAGCGCCCCUACUGGGAGUGUAUUUGUUCUGCAGGGGUGUUGUCACAACCCCACUGGCAAGGACAUCACACCAGAGCAGUGGCAGCUGUUUGGAAAGGAAGUAAAAGCGCGCAGUCAUCUGGCUUUCAUUGAUAUUGCCUACCAGGGACUCGGUGACGGGUUAGACGAGGACGCUGCGGGCGUCCGGAUACUUUCACGUCUCGGCAUCGACAUGGUCGUGUGCCAAUCAUUCUCGAAGAAUUUUGCGUUAUACGGCGAGCGCUGUGGAGUGCUCCAUGUAGUCGCGGGGUCGGUUGAGGCCGCGACUAACACCAAAGACCAGCUGCGGAGUCUGAUACGUCGCGAGUACUCUUCCUCGCCGGCAUACGGAUCACGGUUGGUCACGAUCGUCCUAGAUGAUCCCGAGCUGCGUGCCGAAUGGGUUGCGGAACUCACGAUCAUGAAAACGAGGUUACAACAGAACAGGCAACGACUAUACAAUGAACUGUCAACGGUUCUCGAAGUAUGCCAUCUGCCCAUGUCCCGUAUGAAGAUUGCAGGUGCUGACACGACCUACUUUCAGACACCAGGGAAUUGGAAGCACAUUGUCGAGGAAAAGGGCCUUUUUUCGUAUGUACUUUCUUCUGUUCCCCAAAGGUGCCUUGCCCUUACCCCAGGACAGUGCAAUACACUCAUUAACAACUACCACGUACAUCUCCCGGUGAGUGGCCGUAUCAAUGUCGCUGGGCUGAGUACGAAUAACAUCAAACGUACAUCCCGUGCAAUUGAUGCAGUGGUCCGAGGGAAUAUAUCCUAA